GGAGGAACCCCGGGGAGGCGCGGCUCCGUUCCGCCCCCGGCGCCGCCGCGGGAAGAGGCGGGCGGUGGCCGCAGCGGUGCUGCGCGUGGAGCCGCCGGAGCGGUCGGUCUGAGCUUUGUGCUUGACCAUGAACGCCAGUGGCCCCGGCUACCCGUUGGCCUCACUCUACGUGGGGGACCUCCACCCGGACGUGACCGAAGCCAUGCUGUAUGAGAAGUUCUCACCUGCAGGGCCCAUCCUGUCCAUCCGGGUGUGCCGGGACGUGGCCUCGCGCCGAUCGCUGGGCUAUGCCUACAUCAACUUCCAGCAGCCGGCAGAUGCUGAGCGAGCCCUGGACACCAUGAACUUCGAAGUGAUCAAGGGCCGACCUGUCCGGAUCAUGUGGUCACAGCGAGACCCUGGGCUCAGGAAGUCAGGGGUUGGAAAUGUCUUUAUCAAGAACCUGGAUGACUCCAUUGACAAUAAAGCCCUGUAUGACACAUUCUCAGCCUUUGGGAACAUCCUGUCCUGCAAGGUGGUUUGUGAUGAAAAUGGAUCCCGUGGCCAUGGCUUUGUUCAUUUUGAGACUCAAGAGGCAGCAACUCGUGCCAUAGAGACCAUGAAUGGGAUGCUCCUCAAUGACCGCAAGGUGUUUGUUGGCCACUUUAAAUCCCGCAAAGAGCGCGAGGCAGAAUUUGGGGCCAGGGCAAUGGAGUUCACCAACGUCUACAUCAAAAACUUCGGGGAUGACAUGGAUGAUAACAGACUGCGGGAAAUAUUCUCCAGGUUUGGAAAGACGCUGAGCGUCAAAGUCAUGAUGGACAACAGCGGGCGCUCCAAGGGCUUUGGGUUUGUGAACUUUGAGAAACACGAAGAAGCCCAGAAGGCCGUGGCUGACAUGAAUGGGAAGGAGAUCAAUGGGCGCAUGGUGUACGUGGGUCGGGCACAGAAGCGGCUGGAGCGGCAGAGUGAGCUGAAAAGGAGAUUUGAGCAGAUGAAGCAGGAGCGAGUGAGCAGGUACCAGGGGGUCAACCUGUAUGUGAAGAACUUGGAUGAUGGGAUAGAUGAUGAACGGCUGAGGAAGGAAUUCUCUCCUUAUGGCACCAUCACCAGUGCCAAGGUGAUGACAGAGGGUGGCCACAGCAAAGGGUUUGGCUUUGUAUGUUUUUCCUCUCCAGAAGAGGCUACCAAGGCCGUGACCGAAAUGAACGGGCGGAUCGUUAGCACUAAGCCUCUCUACGUUGCACUCGCACAAAGGAAAGAGGAGAGAAAAGCAAUUCUCACCAACCAGUACAUGCAGCGAUUGGCCACCAUGAGGGCACUGCCUGGCCCUUUUCUUGGCUCCUUCCAGCCUCCCCCAGGGUACUUUCUCCCCCCCAUCCCUCAGCCGCAAACCAGAGCUGCUUUCUACAGCCCCAACCCAGUUGUCCCUGUCCGUCCUGCCACUCGUUGGAGUGCGCAGCCCUCCCGGCCUCCCUCGUACCCUGCAGCCACCCCCAUCCUGAGGACUGCUGCGCAGCCCCGGCGCCUGCUGUCCAACAUCAGCACCAUGAGACAGGCGUCCACCCAAGUGCCUCGUGUGCCCCCCCAGGCACAGAGAGUGGCCAACAUAGGGACGCAGACAGUCAGUGCCCGGGUGCCCUCCUCGCCCACCCUGCGGGGUGCCCCGCACUACAAGUACUCCCUGACUGUGAGGAACAUCCAGCCCAUGGGCAGUGUGCCACCUGGGGCUCAGCAGGUGGGAGAACCUGCUGUGCACGUCCAAGGGCAGGAGCCGUUGACGGCAUCCAUGCUUGCAGCAGCCCCUCCACAGGAGCAGAAGCAGAUGAUAGGUGAGAGGCUCUACCCCCUGAUCCAUGCGAUGCAUGCCUCGCUGGCUGGCAAGAUCACAGGCAUGCUGCUGGAGAUUGACAAUUCAGAGCUGCUGCUUCUGCUGGAGUCCCCUGAAUCCCUGCACUCCAAGAUUGAGGAAGCAGUUGCUGUUCUCCAGGCACACCAGGCCACUGAGGCGUCUCACAAGGGCAGCACGGCCCCAUUCCUGCACUGAGCCCUGACUUCGUGACUUGGGAGUGAACCUUGAACGUUGCCUAUGGAGAACAGCAGCAGCCACCUCACCUCACCUCGCUUUUGGAACUGUGCCCUCACACUGACCCUGGUUUGCCUUCAAUGCCCCAUCCUGCUUUUUGUGUGUACUGUGCAUCUUGCAGAACCACUUCCUCCUUGCACUGCUGUAGAAGUUAAUUCUCUUCUCUUCUGAAAGCAUCUUGUGAAAUGUAAUGUGGAACUCAGUCUGACUCAGUUGCCCAGGAAAUGACAAGUGCAGACGAAUCGUCGCUUCAGUGAAUGUACUGGGUUCUGUAGUUUUAUUUGUUCCUGUAGCUGAUGCUAAUAAAGAACUGAUGCUUCCA